CUGACUCUGGCAUAAGAAUGAAGAUUGGAUGAGCAGAGGAAAUGCUUUUGUUAAAGUCCUCCUUGUUCCUUGGCGUUGUCUGAGAUGCUCUUGAAUUUUUUGGCGGAUGCACAUGUGAGUGGGAGAAAGAUAAGUGAAGAAAAUAAAACAGUAAACCCUUUUGUCCAAGUCUACAACUGCUUACUUUAUUUUUUACAGCAACUGGUAAAAUGUCCAAAGAAAUGAACAACUUCACCUUUGGGAGAACAUUCUUCCUCAUGGGGUUCUCUGACAUUCGGGAGACCCAGAUCCUACAUUCUGUGCUCUUUUUGCUAAUUUACCUGGUGGCACUGCUGGGGAAUCUUCUCAUCAUCACCCUCAUCAUCAAGGAUCAUCGGCUCCACAUGCCCAUGUACUUUUUCCUAAAGAACCUAUCUUUCCUAGAUCUGUGUCUCAUUUCCAUCACUGUUCCUAAGUCCAUCACAAACUCCCUGAUGAAUUGCAACACCAUUUCAUUCCCUGGAUGUGUGUGUCAGGUUUUUUUCUUCUUUCUCUUAGCCACUACAGAAAUAGCUCUUCUCACAGUCAUGUCCGAUGACCGCUAUGUUGCCAUCUGCCACCCACUCAGAUAUGAGGUCAUAAUGAGUCAUGAAGCCUGUGUGCAGAUGGCUGUCUCUUCAUGGGUCAGUGGAAGCCUCAAUGCAAUCUUGCACACAGCUUGCACCUUCUCUGUACCCAUGUGUGGGUUUCCUGAGGUUCAUCAUUUCUUUUGUGAUAUCCCACAACUGCUCUCCCUUGCCUGUUCUUACAACACUGGUGAAUUGGUAAUCACUGGGCUCAACCUCGUGUUGGACUUUGGCUGCUUUGUGUUUAUUGACAUUUCUUACAUUCACAUAUUCUUCACUGUGCUGAGGAUGCCCUCCAAAGAAGGCAAGUCCAAAGCUUUCUCCACAUGCCUGCCUCAUCUCAUUGUUGUAACUUUAUUUUUCUCUUCAGGGUUUUUUGCCUAUUUACGCCCUCUGCCUAAAUCUCCAUCACCCUUGGAUUUGCUGGUUUCAGUGUUCUACACUGUGAUGCCACCCACUCUGAAUCCCUUCAUCUAUAGCCUAAGAAAUAAGGAUAUGAAGAUGGCAUUCUGGGAACUACAAAUUAACCUUGGCGGUCCCGUGACCCCGGCAGCCCGUGGCCAUCCCGACCUAGAGGCACGCGUGGGGCCGCACAGCCUCUCAGCGGUUGCCGGUGGUGCCCGGGAGGGCGCGGGCCAGCGAGGGCGCUCUUUGUGGCGUUUUAGGCCCUGUGCCUGCCAGACCCUGGCUGUCCCGCGAUCCUCAAGUCUCUAA